CUCAACUCUUAACCAUCUGGAUAGUUAUAUAGAGAGAGAAGGGAUUUGAUUAAAAAUGAUCAAGAUUUUGGGUUCUCUUUGAUGUUCUUGUGGAAUUAACAAAAGCCCAGAAGGGAUUUUGAGUGAAAGAUUGAAGACAGAGAGAGAGAGAGAGAGAGAGAGAGAAAUGGGGUGCUGUUAUUCAAGAUUAGAGAGAGAUGAGAUGGUUUCAAGGUGUAAGGCAAGAAAAAGAUACAUGAAACAGUUUGUAAAAGCAAGACAUGCUUUCUCUGCUUCACAUAGCAUGUAUUUAAGGUCUUUAAGAACCACCGGCUCCGCCCUACUCCAGUUCGCCACCGCUGAAACCACCCUCCACCACCCUCAACACCGCCACUCGGCGCCAACCCUUCCUUCACCUCCUCCUCCACAAACUCCCACACCACACGCUCCACCACCACCUCCGAUGAGUCCAACCUCCGAGACAUGGACAACAUCCACCACCAACACCGCUUCCACCCCACUUCCGCCACCGCCUCCGCCGCCGUCGUCCACAUGGGAUUUCUGGGACCCGUUUAUGCCGUCGUCGACACGGUCAGGGACUGUAGACGACGAAGAAUGGGAAGACAGGUCCACCACCAUUGCAUCGGAAACAGCCGUGACCACCACAACCGUGGCGCCGCCGCCUUCCGGCGUUAGUGGGUUCUCCAAGAUCUCUGCUUCCACCGCCACUACAAGCGAGAUGGCGUUAGUAGUGUCGACGAAAAUCAAAGACCUGGUGGAGAUCAUUAAAGAACUGGAUGAAUACUUCCUCCAGGCGGCGGAUUCCGGCGGAAAGCUUUCUGCAUUGUUGGAAGUUCCGGCGUGUACCUUUCCCGGCCAAAGAUCAUCAGGUAAAAUUCACGAGUAUGGGAAGAAUUUGAGCCCAUUGUUUGGCUCAUGGAGCUCGACCUCAAAGAUGAACAUGCUUGGGAAGUUGGGUUGUGAUGAAAUGGUCGGAGAUCCGGUGGUUGGUGGUGGUGGUGGUGGUAGCCAUUGUUCUACGGUGGAGAGAUUGUAUGCAUGGGAGAAGAAGCUAUGUCAAGAGGUUAAGAAUGUGGAGAGUUUGAAGAUUGAGCAUGGAAAGAGGGUGGAACAGUUGAGGAAAAUGGAGGUUAAGAGGGCCGAUUAUAUGAAGACGGAGAAAGCGAAGAAAGAAGUGGAGAAGUUGGAGUCGAGAAUGAUGGUUUCUUCUCAGGCGAUCGAGUCAACGUCACAUGAGAUUGUCAAACUCCGAGAAGAAGAGCUUUACCCGCAACUUGUUGAGCUUGUUAAAGGAUUAAUGAUCAUGUGGAGGAGUUUAUAUGAAAGCCACCAAGUCCAAAUGCACAUAGUCCAGCAGCUCAAGUACCUCCAUCUCGUCCCGUCGACUGACCCGACCUCCGAAAUCCACCGCCAAGCGGUUCUCCAGCUCGAGGUCGAGGUCCAACAAUGGCACAUUUCCUUCUGCAACCUCAUAAAAAGUCAACGUGAUUACGUCCAAUCUUUGACCGGCUGGCUCCGCCUCAGCCUCUUCCAGUUCGGCAAAACCUCGUUAUCCCAAACCAAACAAGAUUCUGCGAUCUACACCCUUUGUGAAGAAUGGCAUCUCGUGGUCGAUAAUGCCCCUGACAAGGUCGCCUCCGAGGGCAUCAAAGCGUUACUAACCGCAAUUCAUGCCAUAGUAGUCCAACAAGCCGAGGAGCAGAAGCAGAAGAAAAGAUCGGAGUCAGCGUUUAAGGAGCUUGAGAAAAAAAUGGUGGAGCUCCGGGCUCUUGAACGUAAGUUCGGUCCGUUUUCGGGGUCGUCGAGCGGGCGGGACCCGGUGAGGGAGAAACGAGGGAAGGUGGAGUCGUUGAGGGCAAAAACGGAAGAAGAGAGGGGAAAAUUUGAGAAAUCGAUCGGGGUAACAAGAGCUAUGACGUUGAGCAACUUACAGAUCGGGUUACCGCAUGUUUUUCAAGCGGUGACGGGUUUCGCAAACGUGUGCACCCACGGGUUCGAGUCGGUUUACAACCAUGCAAAAAGGCCCGAAAACGUGCAGGAUGUAAAGAGGCUAAUGCUUUAAAUGGUGUUUUUAUUUUAGGUGUUGGACUUUUGAGGAUGUAUUUCGUUACGUAUAUUUGAUUCCCAUUCCAUAUGAUUCUUUUGAGACAUGUUCACAGCACUACAAAAGCAAAAGGAAUCUCAAAAGACAUU